AUGAAUGGAUAUUAUCUGGGACAGGAACGAGAAAGUCAUGAAGGACCUUCAUACAAAUGGAAAGGCCUUCAGGCGUACUUCCAGGUUGAAACGCUUGAACGCUCUUGGGCUGUACUAUGCGAAGUUUGGAAAGAUCGUAAUGAACUGUAUAACGAAAAUCUUGACUGCCAAAGGUGGAAGCAGAAUGCUGCUCAGCUUGAGCAAUGGUUGCUUGAAAGGGAGCGACUGCUCGGUGACGACUGGCGCCAUCGUGACUUUGACGAUUUCUUAGUAACGUUGGAUGCCCAGGGUGAUCGCUGUGACAUGGUGAAACGUCUUACUCUGAUUGAGCAAAACUUCAGUCGGCUCAGGAAGAAGGAGGUUGAGCGAUCUCGUAUAGCCGAAGAAGAUCAAAGGCGCCGUGAUACGAUCAAGGUCGUCGAGAAAGGACAGAUUCUUGCCAACAGACGGCAAGAGAGAGAAAGAAGAAAGACUCAGGAGAUUUCUCUUCUGCGACCGAGCUCAAAUGAUGACUUUUCAAGUCAAACACUGCCGAGAAAGGUGGAUAGGCCAGAAAGAAGCAAAACAACAACAGUUGGCGAUUCGAUAGUGGUAGGAGGUCCAUCGACCGUUGUCGCCUCAGCUGUGAAUGCCCCACAUAUUUCGGCUGUUGACGUGGAUAUGAGGAAGACGCCAUCGUUCAAUACCAGACGCGGCCAUUCUGUCUCCAGAAAUAGCACUAGCCGUUGGGAAGACCUGGGUGCUAUCGAUAUGAGAGGUUUUGUUGACCGGAAGCAGGACCUUCAAAGUGGAAGUAAGAGGGCAACGAUACGAUCAUGGAAGAAUUACUAUACCAUUUUGUGUGGACAAUUGAUGUGCUUCUUCAAGGAUGAAUCGUCGUUCUACGAGAACAUUGCCGCUGCACCCCCUGUCUACAUUUACGGUGCACGAUGUGAACCGUUCCCAGAAUACGUCAAGAGAAAGCAUGCUUUCCGGCUGGCAACCCAAGAUGGUGCAGAGUACAUUUUCGCCUGCAGCGAUGAGCGACAAAUGCUUGAAUGGGUGGCCAAAGUGAAGUUCCAUGCUGAUCUCGCCCCUAGCAACCAACUGAAGUCAUACGCCUAUCAUGUUCUCUUACAGCAGCAGAGGCAACACCUUUGCCACCAUUACGACGUUACGACGCUGGUUCACGAUCCAGUGACGAACUUACCUCCGGUGCCAAUGCGUCGCAGCAUUCGCGACGACUCCCGUCCGACUUCACGAGUAUCGGCCUUUGAUGCGUACGAUGGUGCGCAACAAAACUCGGCUAUUCGUACAAGCGCUGGACAAUACGAUGAAUACAAUUCACUCCCUCGUGGAGCCUCAAUAGCCGUAGAAACGUCUCUUCGUCUCUCCUCAACGCUUCCACGAGGCAACCGUAGUGGUCAACCUAUUCGAGUUGAUUCCUUCAAUUCGCUGAAUAGCUCUACUUCAACUAUGCCAGUACUUUUCGAACCACGAAAAGCAACGGUAGCACGACGCCCCAGUAGACGUCAAUCAAUCUACGCAGAAAGCAUCUAUGGUGAUAUGGAUGAAGUAGUGGAGGUCGUGGAGGUCGUUGAAGGAGCUGUUGAAAACGGAGGUGUGUCAAGCUCCCUCACAUCACCGCCUUCUUUGCCUCCAUCAUCCUCCAAUGGUUAUACGGAUACUUUGACAUAUCAAGAACACACGACGUCAACAUAUGCCCGUGAAACACCGCCACAUGGCCGCGAAGGACGAGUGACGGAAAGCGUCGAGUUCAUCUCAUGGGUGGAGAAUAAUCAGCCGUAUGGAAGGCAAACUCCUCCUCAAUCAGUGACACCAACAUCCCACCAUGACACCGAGUCGUUGAAGAGCGAAAAGAAGCGGUUCUCGCUGUUUGGUAAACGAGGAUCGAAGUCUCACAAGUGA